CCGAUUUGCUGUCGGUCACAGGUAACAGCUAUUUUCAGACUGUCGUUAUGAUCACAGCCUGAGAGUGAACCGUGUGUAAAUAGACAGCUUUCGAAAUCGUCAGCGAACGCGAAUACCGUAGAGCUAUCCCAUGAUUUACAAUUGGGAUUUUUGAGAUAUUAUUUUAUUUUUUCACCAACCUGGAUUCACUUCAAAAUAAAUUUGAUCUACCACCAAAAUCAUUGACCUAAUGAGAGCAGAUGCUUCGUGCGUAAAAGACCUCUUGGAGAUGGAAUGAAUCGUACCUCGGCUGUAACCAACCAACCUGGCGAAUCAAGCUCUGUGCGAAACCAUUUGGGUGCUGGCUGGUUAUUCGGUGAACAAAAGCAACGAGUGGAAGUAUUGUUGGACCUGUGGUUUAAUAAGUUUCACAUAUUGUGCUCGCCCGGUGCGCGUGAAGGAUGGAGUCCCUUCCUCAGCAUGAACGGCUCGCGCGAAAAGCAACUGGACGGAUAACUUUAAUCUCAGGGAAAGUGCCUUCAGAGGUGGUUCUGAUUCGGUUCUUCGCUGGAGAUGCUUAACAGAUCUUCCACACUCAUGGCAAUGUUUAGCAGCAGUGAAUGGCAGUGGAAUGAGUCAGAACAUCAUCACACUUCUGGAGGAAACUACAGCCUGGUAUCAGGCACUGAAGAUGGGAAGAGGAAUUACUAUGCCAUGCUCUAUUCCUUACUUAUCCUGGCUAUUGUAUUUGGGAAUGUUCUAGUGUGUAUUGCUGUGCUUCGUGAGAAGGCUCUCCAGACCACCACCAACUACCUGGUGGUCAGUCUGGCAGUUGCUGAUCUCUUGGUUGCAUCACUGGUUAUGCCCUGGGCUGUAUAUUUGGAAGUGGUUGGCGGAGAUUGGCUCUUCAGUCGCUUGUAUUGCAAUGUCUUUGUAACCCUGGAUGUGAUGAUGUGCACUGCAAGCAUUCUCAACCUGUGUGCCAUCAGCAUCGACAGGUAUACGGCUGUGGUGAUGCCCGUGCUAUACAACACCACUCACAGCUCCCGCAAACGGGUUUCAGUUAUGAUUGCUACAGUUUGGGUCCUCGCCUUUGCAGUCUCCUGCCCUCUACUGUUUGGAUUCAACACUACAGAUGACCCUGCAGUGUGCUCGAUUUCAAAUCCCGAUUUUGUGAUCUACUCCUCCGUGGUGUCGUUUUACUUGCCGUUCGUGGUGACCCUCCUGGUCUACGUCCGCAUCUACAUCUUUCUCAGACGAAGACGGAAGAGAAUCACCUUCCGUCAAGGUGGCAAAGUUCAGCCAGCAUCCGCUCCACCAUCAGCGGAGACGUGUUUACAAGAUGGCACUCACAAAGAGAAAAGAGACCUUUCCCCCAUCAGGAUCAAUGUGAUAAAUGAAAGCACGGAGCAGGUAAUGCGUCCGCGGCUCCUCUCCAGCUGUCUGCGGCGUAAGAGGCCUCAAACCGCCCCUGCCGAAAACUCACUGCUGCCCCCUGUGAUCACGCUCAACUACUGCAGUAUUAGCCAGGCGUCCUUUGCUCGCACGGAGCAGGAUGUAAACCAAGCGGAAAAGGAAGGUGGGGACGAGGAGCAGGUGACAGUUAGGAGUUGUGAGGUGAAGAAGUUGUCAAACGGACGAACACACACCACGCUGCGUCCGCCCGGUAGUGUCAUGGUGUGUCCCAGUCAGGUCCGGUGUAGAAAUAUGCACUCCAAGGAAAAGAAAGCCACACAGAUGCUGGCCAUUGUUCUAGGGGUUUUUCUUAUUUGCUGGCUUCCCUUCUUUGUGACCCACAUCCUAAACACCCACUGCAGAGCUUGCCAUGUUCCUCCUGAGGUCUACAGCGCCUUCACUUGGCUCGGCUACGUCAACAGCGCUCUCAAUCCCGUCAUCUACACCACGUUCAACACUGAGUUCCGCAGAGCCUUUAUUAAAAUCCUGAGCUGCUGAAACCAUUGGCUCUACUCCCAUUAUAAUGCCCAAUGCAGCUUCCAGACAUUAUGGAUGCCAGUUUCGGAUGCAAAAUACCAUAUGCAGAGGAUAUGAAUAAACACCCUGAAUGUGUUCAAGGUUAUUUUACUUUCACAACAAUGCACAUUGGUGGAUUAGCAUUCAUCCAAAUUCUAUAGUUCACUUUUAGAGGAUGGACCAAUCUGGACUGGAGUUCCAACUGCGGUUUCACAUCAAACAAAAAAAGCCUAUUCUAGACCUUAAUCUGCAUCUCAACACCUUCUCGCAUGCAGGCAAAUUGUGAGGUCAUCGUGCGAUUGCAUGAUUGAAUUAAGCUGAGUUGAGUUUUGCCUGAAACUCUUCAGUUGUAAACCAGCUACGAAAACAAUUUAUGUGGCAACAAAGGCUAGUGAUUUGUCAAAGGGAACAUAAAAAAGGUGGACCAAAGGAGUGUGAAGUAGGUAAAAAAAUCGAAAACUGUGUUGUGCCUUUAAUGGUUUCUCCCCUCGAAGGCCAACCGGUGCCGUGAUCCAUAUCAGGAGAGGGAAAAAAAAGAGAUGGUCAUGAUUGUUAUGGAUGAAAUAUGGUUUUGUGCUGUGAAUUAAAGCUACAUUGAAUCUCCAUAAGCCCUGGUGUCAUCUGAACUAUACACACAGAAGCAUUAUGCCCAUUUUCCAUUUGAUUUGUGAUGAAAAAUAAUAUAUUUUUAUAAUAUGUUCAAUAAUACACAUAAUGUUUCAUAUGUUUGGCGGUAAGAUUUUGUUUUGUUUUA